AUUUUCUUUAAACGUAUAUAUAUACAUACCUAUCCUCCACAUUCCCAAAUCACCUACCUAGCCAUUCCCGCCAUUCUUCCCCCAGACUCCGCCAAUCCUCGCAUAUCUCCAUCGCACUACCCAAACAUGCCACGACCAACCAUCCACACCCACCCACCCACCUCACCACUCCUCCAAACCGCCCUCAAAUCCUCCCUUCCAUACAGCAUAAACCUCGUCUACAGAACCAAACACCCCUACCGCACGCCAAACGCCCACAUCCUCGCCACCUUCCCUCCUGCCGACGCCGACGCGGCCAGCACGACGAUCCCAAAAUGCUGGGCUGCAGCCUACCUCGACCGGUCCAUGCGCCCGGAGACCGAACUGUGGAUCUUCGCUAGUGGGGAGAUGCCGGGUCAUUCUACGCCUCCUUUUUCUUCUUCUUCUUCUACUUCAUCUUGCGAUGAGGAAGGGUUCUUCUGUCGGACGUGCAGAGAAGCGGUCCUAGCGCUGAUGGACUACAUGUCCGAGCUACCUGCCCCUCCAAUGCUGGAGAGCAAUCUCCCCGCGCUGGAUAUAGCGAGGGAGCACGAGAAGAGGUAUCCAGAGAGCGGGCCAGGUGUGAGAUACCCAGCUGAACUGGGGGCGUAUAUGCGACACCUCCUGCUUCCAUCCGUUGUAACGCUAGGAGCCUGUCAUCAUGAGAUUGUCAGAAUAUGCCAAGAGGUCGGACUCGUGAGGGAGGAAUUCCCAGGUCCCGGUGACGAGUUGAACAAGUUUUUGUUCACGGUGGGGAAUUUACCGCAGACAAGGGCGUUACCUGAGGGGUUGAGGUGGGGGACGAUGGGAGAGAAGGAUGCGGAGAUUGUGAAGACACGGACAAACAUUCCUCGCACGACGCGGACAUUGUUAGCGAUGAAGAGCUUAGGUGUUUUCGAGGAAAGUACAGGCAAACCGAUCGCUUGGGCGUUCCUGGGUCUCGAUGGGUCAUUAACAACCCUACAUACCGAGCCGGAGUAUAGAGGGAAGGGGAUAGCCAAGGCCGUCGCUGCGAAGCUUUUCCGGGAGUUCGCUCCUGAGCUUGCGGUAGACGAGAAAGGUGUUGCUUGGGCACAUGCGGAUGUCUACAUAGGUAACACGCAGAGUGAGAGUGUUUGCCGGAGUCUGGGUGGCAACCCAAUGUGGAGGCACUUCUGGGUUAGAAUCGAUCUCGCGCAGGGAGGCAGCUUGGUCACAGAUGACGCCAGCGAGGUGUGA